AUGGAGAAAGGAAAAGAAAAUCACACAGCUCACUGUUUAAUCUUGCCAUAUCCAAUCCAGGGACAUAUAAAUCCUAUGCUCCAAUUCGCCAAACGCUUAAGGCAUAAACACGUAAAAAUCACUUUAGCCGUAACAAAAUUCUUGAGCAAAACCGUGCAAGAAUUUUCAGGUUCCUCCAAUAUUUCCCUGGAAACAAUCUCUGAUGGAUUUGAUGAAGGAGGGAGGGCUGAGGCUGAGAGUUCAGAAGCAUACCGGGCUCGGUUUCGUCAGCUAGGAACAGAAACUUUAUCAGAACUCGUAGAGAAGCACAGAAUAGAUUGUGCUGUAGAUUGUAUAAUUUAUGAUCCGUUUCUUUCAUGGGGUCUUGAUGUAGCCAAGAAAUUUGGAUUAGUUUCUGCUGCUUUUUUCNAAAAAAUCUAUCUCAUGUCCGGUACUACAUGGAUCAGAGAAAGUAGGGUUCCUCUCCAAAUUCCAUUCGAGCUAAAAUUGAUUAAUUGCUUGGACAUCAACCCUGGAAGAAUUCACUUUAGGCUUAUUGGUAAUCCAUGA